CACGGAAGCGCUGUGUAGCUAAAACGAAGCAGAACGCGGUAAUAACAUCCGUACGUGUUUACCCAUGUGUUUUGUUUUUAAUUACAGCUGGUGACUUCUCCGAAUGAUGUUGUCAAUGUUCUUAUAACUAACUCCAUUUAAAUAAGCUGUCAACAAAGCUCUUCACAAAAGAUGCCAGGUCGUAGCUUCGCGUCCAACGGGAUUCCUGCUAGUAAAGUGAAGUACUCCAGGUUGUCGGCUCAUGACGACGGAUAUAUUGAUUUACAGUUCAAAAGAAGCCCACCCAAAGUCCCAUACAAAGCCAUCGCACUCGCCACAGUCCUGUUCUUAAUCGGCUCUCUGUUAAUCGUCAUUGGCUCUCUUCUGUUGGCUGGAUACUUUGGAGUCACUCACUCUGAUCGUACCAUUCCCGUUCUGAUCAUAGGGAUCCUUGUGUUUCUUCCUGGAAUUUACCACCUGCGAAUAGCUUACUAUGCAUCGAAAGGAUAUCCAGGAUACUCUUAUGAUGAUAUCCCAAACUUUGAUGACUAAAAUGCAUAAUGCUUUCUUCAAAGGCAUCUUGAAGCAUGAUUAAAUCCUCGGUUUUCUGUCAUAAAUCCAUUUUAGAAGGAUGCAAUUUCAAUAUUGGGAUUAUUAUAAUGAUUGUCUUUACAUUUUUAUCACAGUACUCAUGUACCCUUGCUGAUAUGAAAGAAAAAUAGAUAUUGCCUGAUUUGUGUAUUUGUGUUAGUACCUAGUAAAUUGAGACAGCUCCAAUGUCACAUGUAUGAGUCUUUAUUAAUCCAUCCCUCCAUCCAUUUUCUACACUGCUUGUUCUCAUUAGGGUCACUGGUG